GAAGCGCACAGCUCCGCGGCGCGCCAGGGAACAUGCGGCUGAAGCUGAGCGUCCUGCGCGCACAUGAUUUUCGUCAGCAUCGAUAAAUAAUGAAGAAGUGUAACCGGACGAGUUUGAGUUGAACUGGUGCGAUUUGAAUAUUUGCUUGCAUAUCAUUUUGUCCCCUCCGCGUGGUUAAAACUGCAGUGAACAAUCUGGUCCUCGUCCAAGCAGAGAGAGCUAUGAUGAGAGAGGGAGCAUCUCCGGCGGAGGAGUAGGACGCAGGGCGCACAGAGAGAAGUGAAGUGACACCGAAUCCAACGAGAGGAAUUGUGCUGGAAAAGUUAAAGAGCGCAGAGGACGCGGGGUGCCAGGUCUGCUGCUGCUGCUCCGCCAUGCAAACAUGAGUAACGACAGCACCGGGGCUGGGGGGGCUGAGCCCCUGUGGAACUUCAGCGGCUCAUCGGUCAACCAAUCAGCUGACCUGUUCGCCAACACCACGUGCAACGUGUCUACCAACGAUUCAGCAUCCUGUUCUCCUGUGGACGAUAGAUUCGGGGCAGGAAGUCCAUACAAAGCCCUGGAGAUGUUUUUCAUUGCCUUGGUGACAGGAUCGCUGAGCUUUGUGACCGUCACAGGAAAUAUCUUAGUCAUGCUGUCUAUCAAAGUCAACCGUCACCUGCAGACUGUCAACAACUAUUUCUUAUUUUCAUUAGCAUGUGCUGACCUGAUCAUCGGAGCCUUCAGCAUGAACUUGUACACAGUCUACAUCAUCGUUGGCUACUGGCCACUCGGCCCCGUGGUCUGUGACUUGUGGCUAGCGUUAGAUUAUGUCGUGUCAAAUGCCUCAGUGAUGAAUUUGUUGAUCAUCAGCUUCGAUCGCUAUUUCUGUGUGACCAAACCCCUCUCGUAUCCGACAAGAAGGACAACUAAGAUGGCAGGGUUGAUGAUCGCAGCAGCGUGGAUCCUGUCAUUCAUCUUGUGGGCCCCAGCCAUCCUAUUCUGGCAGUUUAUCGUUGGACAGCGAACCGUGCCCCCUGGAGAGUGUUACAUUCAGUUCCUCUCCAACCCCGCGGUGACGUUCGGGACGGCCAUAGCAGCGUUCUAUCUUCCCGUCAUCAUUAUGACUGUCCUGUACAUCCACAUCUCCCUGGCCUCCAGGAGCAGGGUUUCCAAACACAAACCCGAGAAGAAAGAGAAGAAGGGAGUCAGAACUCCCAGUUUGAUGAAGAGUCACCUGUUGAAGCAGAACAAUAACAAUGAGACCAGCCCGCAGGCCAGUCCCCGCUCCACUCCCAAAGUCAGCCUGGACUCCACCACCACGGCGCUGGAGGCUGUGAAAAACGGAAGAGUGGAGGAGCCACAAGCUGCUCAGCCACAUCCGCUGACGCAGCCCAGUCCAGGACUCACACAGGAGGAAAAAGAGAGCUCCAAUGAUUCGUCAACAGCUUUCAUCCCCCCAACAGAACCAAAGGACGACACCAACAGCAAAGUGAUAUCUGAGGCUGCAACGAAUCCCAGCCCAGUUGCCACGACAACAGCCAAUCCUACAAUGGCCAAGAUCAACUCAUCCUCGAGGUGGUCCAAAAUAAAGAUCGUGACAAAGCAGGCCGGGGACGAAUGCAUCACGGCCAUAGAGAUUGUCCCACCUGUAGAGGGAGCCGAGAGGCACUCGAUCCCCAUCAGCCGUCCUCGCACUGUGGCGAGAAAAUUCGCCAGCAUUGCCAGGAGCCAAGUGAAGAGGAAAAGACAGAUGGCCGCCAGAGAGAAGAAGGUGACCAAGACUAUCUUUGCCAUCCUGCUGGCUUUCAUCAUCACAUGGACGCCGUAUAACGUCAUGGUGCUGAUCUCAACUUUCUGCCAGUCCUGCGUCCCGGACACCGUGUGGGCUAUUGGCUACUGGCUCUGUUACGUCAACUCUACGAUCAACCCGGCUUGUUACGCACUGUGCAACGCCACAUUCAAGAAGACUUUCAAGAACCUGCUGUUGUGCCAGUAUAAAAACAUAGGUACAAGAUGAGAUGGAGGGAGAAGACUGAGGGUGGGGUGGAUUGGGAAGAAGGAGGGGGCAGAGGAAAGACUGCUGAAAGGUGAGUGACAGAGAGCUGACAGGAGAAAUGGAUGGCGGAGUUUAGCAGAUGGUUCCUUCUACAGAGAACAGACAUCGGUUUGUAGAGGAUGAGCAACCAUUGUUUAUCCUGCAAAUGAAUGCCGGUCCUCCCAGUUGGUUCACAUUACUCAGAGUGAAAUGUGAGUGCAGACAAGGGAUUGUAUAAGCUGCCCAGCUUCCACUAAGUUGGAGCAAAUCGCACAUUGAGCGCACACAUGGUUUCACUGACACAGGGACGAUAAUUGCAGCGGUGGAACAAACGGUUAUGUGGGAAAAACAACAGAAGGUGUAUGAUAUAUAGGAACAUGCCUGGCUGAAGAAGUGGUCCUGAGAGAGCUGGGGGAUGUAUAUACUGUUUGUAUGGAUGGAUGAAUGGGGCUACACAAAAUGGUACACGAGUUAAUUGAUGGAACCUAAAUUUGGUGACCAGAGAAAUUGAGUAUAAAUUACAGAUCAUCAAAUAAAUUUUAUGUAACAAAGAGGAUAUAUAACGAGAAGAGGAUAUAUGAAUAAAGUAGUGAAGGGCGGAGGUCACCACCAAAUUUUGCAGGAGGAAUGAAAAUGUAUUAAUAUGGAUGGAUGGAAGAUGGAUAAAGGGGUAAACCACUGCAGGAAUGGAAGACACAGGAAAUUUUGCAAUGUGAGUGAAAGAGCUGAGGGGAGAGAAAUAAUUUUUCUGAAGCAAAAUUUAUUAAAAGAGAAGAGACAUCUGCAUGGGAUGUGCAACCAUUGGUUUAUUCUGCAAAUGAAUGCCAGUGAAAUGUAAGUGUGAACCAGGCACUUUUUAACCUUCACAGGACCGAACCAGCAUAGAACAAAUCACAGCUGGAAACAGCUGUGAACAGGAACAGCUUCGCCCAACCAAUUAAAACCUAUGUGUCUGUGCCAUGGUAAUCAGAGGAGCCGUGGCUGCGGACAUAAUCACAGCUACAGUCUGCCACAGUCAGUCGAGGCAGCAGCCAAUCAGGUGCAGAGAACCAUGUUAACACGCUUCCACUAGUUAGCCGCAGUGACACGCACGCACUCCCACUGUUGUUACAGCGAGGUAUUUUAACUAACUCCCAGUAUACAGCAUCAUAUAGUACCCUGAUGUAUCCAUGCUGUGAGAACUCAGCCUUCCUCUGUGGAUUUUGAAGUAUCUUUCUAAUUAGUUCUUUGGAUAUUAUAGACACCGUGAAGGAGGAGGGAUGACAGAGUGAGGAGGAGACUUGAUAUAAUAAGAAAGAAAGUAGAAAAGGCAGAUGGAGAGUGUAAACUGUGACAUGUGGCUGCUCAUUAAUUGGAGCAGCAUCAUGCUGCUGUUCUCACUCUAUUGUACAUGGGUCUGUUCUGAUCAUCCAUAUUUUGGGUUGGAUGUAGUAUUCCAUCAUUUUUUUCCCUGUCUUAGUUUAUUUCACAUCAGAUUCAGUGAACUUGUCCAGAUAACGACAGGGUCUUACAUGUUGCAUUUCUUAAGGCUCUUUAACAUUACAGUUACAGUGGGUAGUAAUACAUAACAGUGUACAUUUUGUGAAUUUAAUCUUUUAGAACACUUCACAGCUUUUUAGUUUGAAUACAGCGAAAAGCAGAUUUGUGUUUGAUAAUUUACAAGAGAUGCUAAAGAGAAAACAUCGGGAUGGCAGGAAAUUACAGAGGGAGAAGGAAAUGGGGAGGGAGGAAGUAGGGAAAAUUAUGACCUUGAGACGCAAAGUGGAGCUUGAUGGAAGGAGAUUGAACAAUAUACAGGAAUUCCUAAUUUAGUCCUUCUCUCCCAUCCCUAAUGCUCAUGAUGGAGAUGUAGAUAAAUCUAAAAUCUGUUAAUCAGUUAACUGUUUGACUGGUUGAGUGACACUUCGGCCUCAUACUUUCUUUGUUCCAUAUGUCAUAUCUCACAGGUGUUAGUUAUUCAGUUAUUUGAAUAAAUUAUGCCAGUUUUUUUGUGCAUACUGUAGGAUUUUUAAGGACACGGACAUUAUUUAUGCCCAACAAGGAUUUGUAAAAGGCCCUUUACCGAGCAAAACACGCACUUCGUCUCCCCCUUCAUCAAGUGCUAGAAUAUCUUCCAUGAGUCAGCAGGACUUUGGGCCGGGGUUCUGCUUAUAAUGUGACUGUGUCGGCUUAGCAUUGGCUCAGCGGCUUGUCAGGACCUAGUCAAGCGCCUACUGCUCAGUCUGAUGAGAAAAAUGGUGCAAAAAAAGGAAAGAAAUCAUGACAUCCUGUUCAUCCACGCUGGGACAGAGGAGGAGUGACUAAAACAUGAGUCAAAACACCUGCUUAUUCAUGUGAUUACCCUAUCAACCAGAUACUGGUUAGGAGCUUCAGUUAAUGUUGUCAAACACCAGGACGGAGAAAUAAAGGAUCUCAGGGACUUUGACGGUGACAUGAAUAUUGAUGUCAAGAGGGCCUGGUCAUGGUGUUUCACACACAACGGUAACAUUUAUUACGUCUGUGGAGAUUCUCAUUAAUCCAGGUCACAGCGUCUUCAAGAAACUUCAACCGAGUCCAGUUGUUCCCAAUUCAACACCCUGGUUGAUAAAGUUCAUUAGACCUUAAUACCAAACAAUCCAGGUCACCAUCUUCUAAUGGCUACUUGCAGCUUUUGUUAUAUUACUGUUAUGAGUACUCAAAUGCAGACCACAGACGAGGAGAAGUUUAAAAGUAUUUGAUUCAGAGGAUAUAGGACAGUUAUUGUGGCAGGCAGGCAGGUAAAUGGCUCGAGGCAAAAGGCAGAGGCUGCCAGGCAGAGGCAAACUCUGUGAGAGCAGGACAGACGGGUCGAGUCUGGGGCAAAACAGAGUGGCAUAAAUGUCCAGCCAAAAAUCCAGAAGAAUAAAAGACUAGCACUGCGUAGCACAAGAGUGUAGACCGCGUGUCAUACCACUAUAAAUAUAUAUAUAUAAAGGAGAGCAAUAAAGUUGUAGGAAGACACUCACGCAAAUGGUGCAGAGUGCAAAGAUGCUGGAAUAAAUAUGGCUAAAAAAACAGAUUACUAUAUAUACACGAGGUAGUGUACUGGAAUAGAUAUUGAAUAAAUAACAAGAUACUCUGUAUGCAGAGGGUAGGAGGACAUGACAGAAUGUGUACGAAUACAAUGUACAGUGUUUACCUUCACUAAAGACGUAUGUAUUCAGAUUAGGUGCUGUGGAUGUUCUGUGUUACAAUUUAUUGCACAGCGAUUGUCUGAGGCGCACACUCCCAUUGGCUUGGAACACGCAGCCAGACGGAGAUUUACACCCUGCUGCUUCUGUGACGUCAAAUCUUGUGGAAUCCAAAAGGGGGGACUCGCUUAGUGUUACAUGUUACUAAUAAAGUGCUGAGUGGUUGUGCGUUGUAGUUCAGCAAAAUAAAGCACCAUAACUCCUUAGAAAGAAGAAAACAAACCGUACAAAGACUGUACACUGUGGAAUCUGUCCCAUCAAGCAGCAGUCCAUAUCAAGGUGUGUGUUCAUGCACCUCAACCAGACCAUCAUCUCAUCCACUGCCACAAUUAACCCAACAUGAUAAACGAGUAGCUGGUGAGGGGAAAAGAGUCAGAUGUAGAUCUGAAGUACAACUGGACACUUCACUGCGAAUGGUGAAAUCGCUCUUUGGGAGCUCAGGUGAAGCCUGAAGACGCCGCGUGGAGAUGCACUGAUGGGUAAAGUGGAGUUCAUGGUGAGGCUGCUCACCUGUGUUCAACCCCUUUCCGCGCAGUAGCGUCCCUCUCCUGGAACCCGUGGGUCCUCGUCUGUCUCCGCCCUCUCUCAAAGAAGCAGGACAGAGGUGUUGUUGCGUCACAGCGUUUUUUACAGCAGCAGCUCAGAAACUAUUCCCACUCAGUGUGUUUAGUGUUGAGAGCUUUUCCGGCUUUUUUGCUUUUUGAAAGGCUCAUAGUUAUCUUAAAAUGCUUUGUUGUUGCUGAUGUUGUUGGAGUCCUCACACUGAACGAGCGCAGACGCAAACUGCCGUGACUCUGGAAUAAACGUUGCCCAGUAGUAGGAGCUAUUUUGGGGCAGCUGAGGUUCCAUAAGUGGGCCUUUAAGUCGAUACUGUUUGGCGACUCACAGCUGGAGGACUGGUUUUGGAUGGGCACUCUGUGUUGCAAUCCUGUGCGCAAAAAACUACCACCCUGAUGGCUGAGGUUCAGGAGUCGCGGGUCUUCCACCAACCAUAAGGUCGAUGGUCCGAUGCCAGCGUCCUCCGGUCUAAGUGUCUAAGUCGUGCUAAGGUGUCCUUUGGCAAAACACUUGACCCUAACUUUGCCCUGAGAGCUGCGCCGGCAGCUCAUGAAUGAUGUUUGACAGAAAAAUGGCCAUGUAUAGAAGUGCUGUAUGAAUGUGUGUGAGUGGGUGAAUGUGACUUGUGCUGAAAAGCGCUUUAUAAACACAGACCCAUUUACUCCCAAGCUGCGUCCCGGCAAGAAAACAUUUGAUCACGGCAUGAGAUUCUGUCACAUUCUGCGACCUGCAGCAUACAAUUUUAAAAUUCUGGGUCAAUUUUGGAUGAACCUCGGCGACGACGGAGCAUUCUGAAUUUCAGACCUCCCCCCUGAGGCUCGUGGGUAGUUUAGUAUUUAAAUGUGUUUGCCGUGUCUAAAGGACGAACAAAAUUAGAUUUCUCGCAAACAAAGCUGAUAAAAGAAAGUGGUUAAAAUCAUGAAAUGGAAUACAGAAUGGGGAAAAUCGCUCAUCUCAACAAUUGUAAGAAAAAUUUUAAUAGAAGCUUGAAAGCAGACAUUUCUCCAGAUGUAAUGACAAGUGUCGCUGGCAGAUUUUAGCAGCUCUCGCCAGCUCGAUAAUUGAAAUUAACUUCAUGUGUUGGUUGAAUCGGCUGCCUCCGGCUCAUCAGUUUUAAAAUGAGGAGCCUGGAGCCGUCAGUCUGCGUGUGAUGGACGUGGUAUUGUGCGAACACUGACAACUUAAGCUAAAACUGCGACGCACUGUUGUAUUUAAAAUUCACCUUGGUUUGGCUGCGCAGAAGACAGAUUUCUUUUUUCUGUAGCUUCACUUUGUUUGACUCAGCUUUCAAAGAGAAACGGCUUCGAGGAUGAGGACUAUUCUGUCUGUUGUCAGUGAUAAAUGCACUGUGUUUAUAAAUGUGUUCAUUUAUAUUACAUUUAUAUAGAGCUUUUCUCGCUUUUUCUGCUUAGAGUGUUUUACACCAAGAGUCGUGUUCAGCCGCACACACUUGCAUACAGCACUCUUUCUAUUCAUAUCAAACAUGGCACAAUCAUGAAAAGGUGCAGACAUGGGUAACAAGUAACGAGGUGAUAACGGGGGAACUAGGGGUGCCUAUCGUCUGUUAUGACCUCUGCGUCUCCGCUCAUUUCCUGUCACCUCACGAUUGUCUCACCAUUGUUGCAGUUGUCGUGCCCGCAGUACCCAGAAUGCAAGCGGGACUUGAUGCUGAUUCCGAGGACAGUAACGGAGUUUGUUCAAAUCAAUUUCCUGUGUCGUGUUUUGUCCCUAAAAAAAUCGUUAAUUUCUAUGAUUCUGAAAUAAUUGUAAGAAUGCCACAGAUGAAGGGAAUUCAACAGAGACGUUAUGAAGUAGAAACAUUUCCUUUUAUUAUAAGUUGUACUUGGUGACUGCACGAACAUUUGAAAAGCUUUGGGAGCAAUUGAAGAGAUGCUCCCCUGCAGCAUCUCUUCAAUUAAUCAUUAUAUUCUUCAUGCUCUCUUCCACCUCAUGUCAUUUUCAUUUUCACUUUGUUUCUCUCUCUUGCUGUGUUUACAUUUGUCUCACAAAGUUUCUGCUUUGUAGAUGAUUGAAAAUUAUUAUGGAACAUUUUAGUACAAAAUACAACCAGUAACCGGUGGCAGAUUAAAAUCAUAGUUCUCUUUUUUUUUCAUUUGCAGAUAAUAAAAUCUUCUUAAACAAGAUUUAGGUAAACUAAUUUUCCUUAAUCUUGGCUUUGCUGUCUCUAGUAAUUGUCUAGGGAACAUUGUCAACUAUUGAAGAUGACGCUGGUGCCGGAUUUCCAGUUUUUAAUGUCCUAAUUAGAUUCACUUUUCACUGUACGCCAGGGGUGGGGAACCAUUUUCCCAUCAAGGGCCAUUUCAAUUUUUAUAACAUCCUUCGAGGGACAUGCUAAAUUAUUGAACACAUAUAUCACAUCGACCUCUAUAAUGCAAUGGCGGGAACUGCUUCUAUUCGAUUAAAAACAUUUAAGAAGAACACUUCCCAGCAGCAGGUUGUCCCAAACAGAAACUUCAGUUCAUGUCUCCUCAGAAUGGAAGAAAUCUCAGAACAUAUUCGCAGUUAACAGAGCUCGAGCACCGGAAUGUUGCUGUAGCUUUCAGCUCAUUGUUGCUUUGUUGCUCAAUGGAGGUUGUGUUGUAGGUUGUCAGGCACGUCGGCUGGUUGCACACUUAAAGGCAAAUAUGUUAAAUUCCCUUUUUAUACUUUUCAUUUCCUGACCUCUCGCCGAGCGCCUGCAGGAGUUUUGGAGUUUUUCCCAUUUUCCAGUUGCACUCGGAACAACAUGCAAGGCUCACAAAGAAAAGCCAUUCCUCCCUCGUAUCAAACUCGAUCCCACUCACAAAAGUAUGUCUGAUGUUUUAUUAAAUGCCAGAGAUAAUUUUUUUUUUUUCAAUAUCGAGAUUGGCCUUUGUAUCACUGCGACCGUGUCCCUGCAAUAUAGGCCCACUGUCUUUUAUCCAUUCAAUCAUUUAUCCAUUUCUCUUGUAAAGCCUCUACUUUUCUUGCAAUGAUACUUGUCAGCAAUGGCUUUACGGCUUAAUGUGUGUUUUGUUCACCCUCGUCCUGAUUCGGGCGCGGGAGCUUUAAAGCCCCUUAUUGGCCAGACCAGGUCCACCUCAUUGGAGAUGCAUUGGAGUGGGCCAGGGACAAAGAGCGGGAACAAGUACAAUACUUCGACGACCCUCUCCACCUCCUGAGCCACAGACGCCCAUAUGUUGUUCCAUGUGUGGAGGCCUGUGAGGAAUUCUGAGAAAAUUCAGUCUGUGGCAUAAUAAACUCAAAUAUCCAAGUAAGAACAACUGAGGCUCAUUAUCAACCUAAUUAUUUCCUUCAUAAAAGUAAAGUCAAGUCAUUUUGCAUCAAUCAUCUUGAGUUCUUUCCACAUCACUUGCUUUACAUUUGCUUCUUGUCCAUGCUCUUAAGAUGAAUCAUAAAAGGCAGCGUUUUCUGUUUGUUUUUUCACAGUAAGAAUUGCUCCUACUUAGAUCCCAGUGAUGACAGUGUGAUAUGAAAAUAUGAAAACAGACGAGUGUUGACAGAGAAAAAGAAAGUGAGCGGAGGUACUUCAUUACUCUGGAAUUGUGCAAGGACGAAUAUCACAAAGAGACUGACAGAGGGUCUCUGGUUGGUUAGCUGAUAUGCUUAAUUGACAUGAUGUGCAGAGUGAAUGGAUGAGAGCGGAGUUCAAGGAAAUUGGGCUGACUGCCCGACUGAAAUAAUGAAAGCUCCACUGGGCACAGUAUUCAUGAGAAUGUCCAUCCAUCUUAUUAACCUAAAUUACAAAAAUGAUGUGAAGGGGGGGUUGGGGUCUAAAGGAGGAGGAGUCUAAACAUCGGCCAUAGAAACUGCUGGGAAACUGAUAUUUUUUAGAAUAAAAUAUCCAUCCAAAGCCGUUACAAAGCACAUUGUCGAUAGGGUUAGGGACAGAUAAUGGAAACUUUCAUCAUCCAGGUGAAAAGACACAUUUUCAAAAAGAAGGAGACCUAUUUGGUUUGGUAAUUAUGAGAUUAACCAGGUGCUCUCGGGCUUUAAGACGCAUACAUCCAAUAACAACAUCGACUUUUUAGGUUUGUGAAGGUACCAAGCUACGCUUUCUCUCUGCCCUCAUUUCCUGUCAGCUCUCUUUCGCCUGUGGGGUAGUGCUCUGUAACUCUUGUGGUCUGCUGGUGUAUCUGAUUCUUCUCAGCGGAGGUGUCCAUGACACCACUUAUCCCUUGUGAGAGAUGGAUGGAUAUGGAAUGUCAAUAGUUUCCGAGUAUUCAUCAACCAAAUAUCCUCCACUGCACCAAACCUUGAAGACAUUCUGUCAUCAAUCAUUUUGUAAUAGUUUUACUUUGUGGUUUUAAGUUUGUUUCUUUGUGCUAAGGUUUGUGUUUUUCAGUGGAAUUUUAGAAAUACCAUUAUCUUUUGAUAUCACUGCAAAAAACGUGAUAAUGUAGUGAUGUUAAUAUUGGACAAUCUCUAAUAAAGUACACUCACAGAGCACUUUAUUAGAAACACCUUAGCAACACUGGGUAGUUCUUCCCCAUUGGAUUCCACAUGUUGGAAACUUUCCUCUGGAGUUCUGCUCUACGUUGAGAUGACUGCAUCACAUCGUCUGGGCUGAUUUCAUAGCUGCACAUUCAUGCUGCCAAUCUCCUGGUUCAGCACCUCACAAAGCAUCUACUGGAUUCACAUUUGGUGACUGGGGAGGUCACUGAAGUUUAAUCGUCUCACUGUCUUGUUUGUGAAACCAGUUUUAGACUUUUACUUUGUGACAUUGGGCAUUGUCCUGCUGGAAGUAGCCAUUAGAAGAUGGUGAACCGUGGCCAUAAAGAGAUGGACAUGGUCAGCAUUGAUCCUCAGAUAGACUGUGAUACUCAAACCAUGAUUGAGUUUUAGAGGGCCAAAAGUCAAGAAAACAUUCCCCACACCAGGCACGUUGGCUCAAUGGAUUUAUGCUGCUGACUCCAGAUAUCUAAGCCGGCCAUCUGCAGCUUCCGCAUGAAUCCAGAUUCAGCCGACCAGGCUACGUUUUUCAGUCUUCAGCGGUCCAGUGUUGGAGAGUCUGGUGUCAAUUGCAGCCUCAAGUUUCUGUUCUUGGCUGACAGGAGCAGAACCUGACGUGAUCUUCUGCUGUUGUAGACCCUCCACCUCGAGGUUGAACGUGUUGUUCAUUCUGAGAUGCUUCUCUGCUCACCGCAGUUGUAAAGAGUGGCCAGCUCUGUCAGCUCCAACCAUUAUGACCAUUCUCCUCUGAAUCUCUCAUCAGGUAUAUGAGGGGUGUACCGGUGUUCCUAAUAAAGUGCCCAUUGAGUGUAUUUGUGUAUGUGGAUGCACCAGGAGGACCAGGAGCCAUUGUCAUCAUGCCCAAUGGGUGAUGUUAGAGAAGCCAUCAGCUUAAAGGAAGACUACGUAAACUAAAGUGAGCAAUUCCUUUGGCUAAUACAGUUUUAUAAUGACUGAUGGAACAAGUAGCCAGAGCAAGUUUUAGGUGCAGUUCUGAAGUUACAUGCUUUUUUUCAGUGUUUAAAAACACAAAGGGAUUUUUUUUUUCCUCCUAACUUUAUUAAUUAAAACGAAGCAGAGCUGGAAAGGUUGAGAAAGGUUUCCGCCGCAGUGUGCAGUGGCCGAGGAAAAGCCAAGACUCAGGGUUGUGCAUGAUGUCUCAGCGUUUUGAUUCAGCAGACUGUUUGACUAUACUGACAAGUUUUAUCUGAUGAUCGCUGAUGACAGGCUGUAUCCUCGAAUCAGAAUAUAUUACACAGGAUGUAUUUUCCCUCAUAGGACAAAAUAUGAAAUAUUUCUAAAUGCAAACACCUGGAUAAACCUACUUUAUGAGAAGAAGAGGAACCUGAUGUUUCUUUUAAUUUGGUAGUUUAGCGUUAAACACUUUCUGAAGAAAACUCUGUGUAAUGUAUAAUACAAAGGUAGUAACGAGUCACUAGUUUAAAAUACACCAAUAUGUGUCAAAUGUCAAUUUAAAGGACAUUUAUGUAAAUACACAACACAAUCAUUCUGAAUGUUUGAGCUAAUAUAUCACAUACGGAAUCAUUCCAAAGAGAGGAGUCAUUGUCUUUGUGUCCUUUCAGUAUAUGAAAUGUAUUUACCUCCCGAUGUACAGAGCAUGUACUUUAUAGUGAUCUAAAAACAUUGUGAAUUGUAGUCUUAAUUGUUUUUGUCAGAAUAUUGCUAUCAAAAGUUCAACUCAGUGGCAUCAGUUAAGUGACAACAACACCCUUUUCACCAUAUUGGAGAGCAGCUGGUUCGUUCAUUUCUUUUCUUUUUUUAUGUGAAGAGUACAUCCCUGCAUUACGAUGACAUGUGUUUUAUAUCGGAAGCUGGAAACCUGUUUUAUGAAUGCCAAACUAGAGGAAACAGUGACGUCUCAGUAAUGUUUCCUUGAUGCUGGUAACAUCUUUAUAUGUACUGUAUAUGCUUUAAAUUGUAACUGCUGCCCUGCCAGACCCGGGUUCCCAACAGCACACAGGACUCUUUAAAGGGUAAAUCAACACUGAAUGUAGCGAGUGUUUCGGCUGUCCAACUGGAUUCUGGAAUCGGGGCUGCACUCAAAAAUACAAUCCUGAACAUUUCCAACUUUAGGCUCACAAGCAGGACCCUAAGUAAGUAUAGAACUAGGCCUUUUCUACCACAUGCACUUUACAAUCUGAGGUGUAACUCUUGUCAUAGGUUCUGUUUUUGGUUUUUCUGUGGGAAUGUUCAGGAAUAUAAAUGUGGUACUAGUUUAAGUACAUUUUCCACUAAUAUUUGGUUAUCAUUGAUGCAUAUUUUUUCCCUCAAAGAAAAAAAAAAAAGAAGCUCAGAAAUUAUUGUGCUUCAACCAACUGUCAGUUCUCCACCAGAUUCUUGACCUUCAUCACUCAACCGUAGAAUUCAAGAGUGUAUCAAGCAGUGGGCUGUUUUAUUAUGAUGUAUGGAGAAGAGAGACACCAGAAGUGGCAACCAGGAGUGUGUUUUUGAGGCAUUGACCCACCACUUGAGGAGUCACCAUCCAAACUGCAUGAUCGCCAUGUGGUUUCCCCCUUUCGGGGAUGUACAGUGUCGGAAAAAAGUUUAGACACUACUAGUUUACUACUUUCUACAUCGUAGAAGACAACUCAAGGGAUCUGAACUAUUGAUUAACUCAUUUUGAAUGAUGUUGUUCACAAAAACGUUUUAAAAAAACAAACCAAAAUGUUUCAGUUUUAGAUUCCUCAAGUAGUUUAAGUAGUCACCAGGAAUGGUUGUCAACAGUCAACAGGAGGGAUUUCUUGCCUUUUUAAUGAAUUUGUGACCAUCAGUUGUGUUGUGCUAAUAGUGAUCCAUAUGAUGGCAAUAACUGCUCAGCUUGAUAUGAAGGUAAGCCAGUCUGGAAAAUUUCAAGAAGUUUCUUCUGGUACAGUCGCAAAAAGUUUCAAACACGACGUUGAAAAUGCCUCUCGUGAAAGGGGAAGGAAGACCGAGGGUUACCUCUGCUGCUGAGAAAUCACCAAUUAACGGCCCACAUCAGUGCAUCCGAGAGUUCAAGGAGCGGACAUAUCUCAACAUCAAGGGUUUUAAGGAGACGGCAUGAAUAAGGACUGAAUGAACAAUCCGCUGCAAAUAAUCCACUUCUGAGAGAGACCAGUAAAAAGGAGGGGCAUUAGACCACAGGAAAUCCGUACCUCUGUCAGAUGACUCCACAUUUGAGAUUUCUGCAUCUCACUGCCAUGCUUCUGUUAGAUGCAGUGAAGGUGGGCAGAUGGUAUCUACAUAUUGACGUGGGGAUGCUUAGCUGGUGAGACUAUUGGCAAUUUCUUGAGUAUCCAAGGCACAGGAAACCAGCAUGGCUACCACAACUGUCUGCUUUGUGAAGCUGGCUAAGGAAGAAAAGGAUCUCAAAUGUGAAUUUUGCUUUGUUUAGACAGUUUUGAUUAUUAGGGAUUGGAAACUUGACGUCUUUGGCAUUAAUCUACAGUGUAGAAAACAAUAGGUGUGCUCAAUCUUUUAAACUUGCACCGCAUAUAUGAAAACGUCCCUUCCAAGUGGAGAUUGAGUCAGAACCUGGAACAACUGACCUUAUGACUUACCCAAGUCCAGCUUUAAGACAACUAAGAAUCUGCGGCUUAUGUGUUGCAUAAGCGCAGCACAUAAGCUGCAUAUUCCCUGUCCUGUCGGACUCACUGUUGAUAACCUGAUUGAAGAGUCGAUCAGCGGAGACAGCUGGAAGUUGCUGCUGGCUAAAACUGUUUUUAGAAAUCCUCUUCAUCAUCAUACUUUAGUGGCCAGUGCAUUGUUGGAUUAACAACAAAAGUAGUAGAAGUAGUUGUAGAAAGUCUCCAGUUAUAAAACAGUAGCUCAAACAGGAACUAAACGACAACACUUGAGGUAAAAGCAUUUUGUUAUUUCCCACACGGGCCAUGAAGCGGCGAAUCAGCAGUUAACUGCUGUUUUUAUGGCUCACAGUUGAUUUACUCUUUAAAACACAGAGUGAACACAAGUCCUCUCUUUGUGGUGGCUUUUGGGAAAAACCCUCCGGUGAUUUAUUUCGUCUGUAAAAUGCUUUAUGCUGUUUGUGCAUUCUCUUAUACUGUAUGUAUGUAUUAAUGUAACAUCAUUUUCAAAGCAACAUAGGACAUUGCCUUGCACAGGACACCGCUAUUAUGAAUUUUUAAAUGAAAUGUACCUAAGCUAUAUCAGAAGCAACUUGUGCUGAUGCUUAACUGUUAUGCGAAUAAACACCUGCUGUUGAAA